AUGUUUCGCAACCGACCAACGAUGGACUCUGAAGAAAACAAAGCCACAGAACAAACACCAAAAGGCCUGCCGGAUCAUUGGAGAUUUACCCCUUCCAUAAUGGACCCCAACUCUUACGCGUUCACGUCGCUUGCAAACCAGCCCUCCACCUACUAUACCGCAACACCGACCGGCAUGGGCAUUUCCUGCCAUUCCCAAGUACCUGACCUAUCUACUCCCGGGAUGACACUGAAUUUACUUAGUCCUCUUUCAAUCCCUCCCGCAACUUCAGCUACCGAUGCCGCUGCGAUGCAGUCUGCAAUCGACAUGAAUUCAUUUCAUUCAUUUCCUCCCCACCCAGCAAAUGGCGUCGACUCUUUCCAUCAUCCGCCCCCCUAUACUCCGAGCGGUUUCGUAAAUCGAGAUGCAAGAUACGACCCGCUGCAUGUUGAGAAUUCGCCUAUUAAUGGGGUGAAUACUACUAACCACAUUGGAUUGAUCCCUCACGGUAUCGGUUUGUCAACGCCUGUUGACAAUCAUCCGACUCCCGGGGGUGAGAAAAAGACUCGAACUGACAUUUCUGCUUUCAGCUUCCGAUUCAAUGUAACGCUCAAGGCAGCAACAGCGAUGGUCAAAGACCCCGAUGAGAUCCCCAUUACGUAUCUCAACAAAGGCCAAGCAUACACAAUGUCUGUUCUGGAUACUGCGCCAAUGACGUCAGGCACGCAACCUUUAAAAUAUCGCACUUAUAUUCGCAUUUCUUUUGAGGAUGAUGAACAACGCUCAAAGCCAGCCAGUUGCUGGCAGCUCUGGAAGGAAGGCCGUGGGUCCAACGAAGCUCAUCACCGUGACGGAAAGUUAUUGGCUGUUGAACACGUUGACCCUAACCAAGGCGGAGAUGGAGACAUCAGGCCUUCCCAGGUUCAUCUGGAAACAUCUAAUUUUGAUGGUUUCUCUGUUAUUUGGUCCCCGAACCCUGCAACCGGGAACCCAUGCUGCUCGAUAUCAGUUCGUUUCAAUUUCCUGUCCACUGAUUUCAGCCAUUCCAAGGGUGUCAAGGGAAUUCCAGUCCGUCUAUGCGCCAAAACAGAGGUUAUAUCUAUGGGUCAUGGCGAUCCACCUCUUGAAGACCGGCCCGAGGUGUGCUACUGCAAAGUUAAGCUGUUUCGAGACCAUGGUGCGGAGCGAAAGCUCUCAAAUGAUGUCGCGCAUGUGAAAAAACUUAUCGAUAAGUUGAAACAACAGAUCAGCCAGGCUGAACUUGGGUCUGGCUACGAUAGGAGAAAAAGAAGCGGCUCUUUCGUCAAAGGAAAGCUUGCGAGGCAUAAGAGAGGGUGGUCGGGUGAUUCAAACAAUGAGUCAGGGAAAUCAAGCCUGGAAGACGACCUCCAGAUCAAGCUCUGUACUUUAAAGGACAUGUUUUCAUCCACUCGCCCCUUCAGCGCUCUCAACUUGAAGGGAGACCCCAAUGAUGAUCCAGACCUAUUCCCAGUCCACCUCGGAAUUAGCGACGAAACGUUCCCGCCCGCGAUAGGCUGGGAGUCCCGAAAUAACGCGGACGCAUCCUCAAUAGCAUCCCAGCAUGUCUUGUCUCCCGCAACUAGCAACCAUUCGCUCAGCUCUUCUCAUAACUCUUUUGACCCCAAGACAGGAUUUCCUCAUCAGCAACAGGUCUAUGACGGCUCCCGCCACGACUCGAUGGAUUGGUCUAGCGUUUCACAACAGGAUUCCGAUAGCCAGCAGCAUAUUAGUAACAAUGGUCGGUACUUGAGCCACCCUGUGAAGGUCCAAAAGGUUUCGGCUGACGGUCGCUCUGGUAAUGAUGGCUGGAUCGAAGCGAUGGAUGUCGAUGCCACCUACCAGCCGCCGUUAGUCGUCCCAAAGAAGCCCACUUCCUGCUUUUACGUACAAAUACGACAACCUUGUGGCAACCAAGUCCCGGAUGGUUACUAUCAUGCCGUGUAUCUCUCACAACGCACAGCCAAGGACCUUGUUCAUGUCAUCUCCAAAAAAUGCAAGAUCGAUGCAUCGCGUGUUGUUCGGGCGCUCUGCCUUCGUGGAAAUGGGCUCCAUGUCAUUCUAGAUGAUGAUAUCGUCAAUGAGCUCCCCGAAGGACAAGACAUGGCCGCUGAGAUCUCUGAGGUCCGCGAUUGCUCAUUGGAUGCUAGCACGGAUGGUGACUCGUCCACAACUUCGACGUCCUCUGGAAUCGAAGUCAAGUUAAUCUUUUAA